GGGGUUAGGCUGGGAGGGUUGUCAUUGGUCCGGCACGCUCCAGCCGCCCGAGCCCGCCCCCGCUCGGUUGCCGUGGUUGCAGGCCCGGCCCGCCCGCUCCCUGGCUGACAGCAAGACUUAGAGCGGAGGGAAGUGGGCCCGUUGGUCGGUCGGGAACGAGGCUCUGGCGGCCCGGCCCGCGCGGAGCCGUUGCCAUGGCAGCCGCUGCCGGGGACGCGGACGACGAUCCUCGCUCGGGCCGCUCGAGCUCCGAUGGCGAGUGCGCGGUGGCGCCAGAGCCGCUGACGGGCGCCGAGGGCCUCUUCUCCUUCGCCGACUUCGGGUCUGCUCUGGGCGGCGGCGCGGGCCUCCCGGGCCGGGCGUCCGGCGGGGCCCAGUCCCCGCUGCGCUACCUCCAUGUCCUGUGGCAGCAGGACGCGGAGCCGCGCGAUGAGCUGCGCUGUAAGAUCCCCGCUGGCCGGCUGAGGCGCGCCGCCAGGCCCCACCGCCGGCUCGGGCCCACGGGCAAGGAGGUGCACGCUCUGAAGAGGCUGAGGGACUCAGCCAAUGCCAACGAUGUGGAAACAGUGCAGCAGCUGCUGGAAGAUGGCGCGGAUCCCUGUGCAGCUGACGACAAGGGCCGCACAGCUCUACAUUUUGCCUCUUGCAAUGGCAAUGACCUGAUUGUGCAGCUGCUUCUGGACCACGGGGCUGAUCCCAACCAGCGAGAUGGUCUGGGAAAUACACCACUGCACCUGGCGGCCUGCACUAACCACGUCCCUGUCAUCACCACACUGCUACGAGGAGGAGCCCGUGUAGAUGCCCUGGACCGAGCUGGCCGCACGCCUCUGCACCUGGCCAAGUCCAAACUGAACAUACUGCAGGAGGGCCACUCCCAGUGCCUGGAGGCUGUGCAACUAGAGGUGAAGCAGAUCAUCCAUAUGCUGAGGGAGUACCUGGAGCGCCUCGGGCGGCACGAACAGAAGGAACGGCUGGAUGACCUCUGCACCCGCCUCCAGAUGACAAGCACCAAAGAGCAGGUGGAUGAAGUGACCGACCUCCUGGCCAGCUUCACCUCCCUCAGUUUGCAGAUGCAGAGCAUGGAGAAGAGGUAGCAAGAGAGGCUCCCUGCCUUCCUGCUCUGCCACCGCCACCCUGCCCCCACUGCUGUCUCAUUACAAGGAGAAAACCCAAUGUCUGGGACUUUGGAGCUAUACUUGUCUGGUGAGGACCUUACCCUCAUUCUCAGAUGGUGUGGGACAAAGAUGUUCUCCCCACAACCUCAGAGCCACUGCCAACCACAAUCUCCAUCAUCUCUGGGCUGGGACCAUAGCCCCCAGCUUCUUCCUCCAGUUCCUGCAGCACUAGGCCAGCUUCUGCAGCCACACUUCAGCUCCGGCUGACCUGCACUGUCCUAGCAGGCCUCACCUGCCCUAUGGCCUCCAUGACACCCUCCCUGGGACCCAGACCCUUCUCUGUAUUCCUUCCUGGUCAUGGGCUUGUUGCAGUCAGCAGAUGUGGGCUUAGGCAGGCAACCUCUGGCCAAGGGGACUGCCAUGGGGGCCUCAUGGCUGGCCCUGUACCUCUCACCAGCACUUAGAUUUAGACUUGUCACCAGACUUUCAAGGAGACACUGCAGCGGGUUUCUCUGGUUGUAAGGAGAGGGUUGGUAAAGCCCAGACCUUAAAAAUGCAAGUACCCCAAAGCAAAAAACCCCAACCCUUUUUCUCCCAAUCAUUGAAACCCCAGGAGGGUGUAAUAGGUGUGCAGCCUAGUGUAGUAGGCUGUUAGUGCCCCCAGAUGUCCACGGCCCAACCCCAGGAACCUGUGAACAUUACCUUAUAUGGCAAAAGGGGCUUUGCAGAUGGGAUUACACUAAGGAUCUUUGGCCAGGGAGCGGAUCCUGGAUUACCCGGGUGGGCCCGAGGUAUCCCAGGGAUUCUUACAAGAGCGCAGCAGGAGCUGAGAGAGGAAGUGGGAGAGACAGUGAUGGAAGCAAGCAGUUGGAAUAAGUCCAGGAGGGGUCACAAGCCAAGGAAUACAGGCUGCCUCCAGAAGCAAGGAAGCGGAUUUUCCCCUCAGAACUUCCAGAAGGAACCAGCUCUGCUGACACCUUCACUUUAGCUCAAUGAGACUGAUUUUAGAAUUCAGGCCUCCAAAACUACAAGGGAAUAAA